AAAACUAACCAGGCUUCGUUUAUCAGCAUCUUCAAAUACAAGGAGCACGUUUACAAAUUUACCAACAGGAAAAAGCUGAGUUUCCUGUUUGAGUGUUUACAUGAAGGCUGUUUAAGAAUGAGACACGUUCUCUACAUGUGAAAAGACGUGUGUGUGUGUGUGUGUGUGUGAGUGUGUGUGUACAGUAUCUGCUCUGUUAGCUGUUUCCUUCAGUCUGUAGGAACCAGUGCAGCUGAUGCAGUGAACGCCGCCGUGACAGAAACAGGAGAAAGGUUCUGCACUCUGAUUUCAGAAGUACAGAUCACAACAUCUACAGUCUCAACUCAACUAACUGAAACUGAUAAAAACUCAUUUAUUGAAUGAUAAUGACCUGAAGUCCUGAGUGAGUGAUGAUGAACGAGGAAGCAUGUCGUGUUCACUGGUUUACAAACCAGCACAAAGCUGCUCUAAUGUAUAAAUAAUGUAGAAUGAUAAUGGAACAGUGACCUCAGAUUUGUUUGUGUGCACUGGGGCAGGUGGUAAACCUGUCUGUACACUGUGUGUAUACAUGGGAAACUGAAAGCGCUUUAAGAUGGAAAAAUGUGGCUCGUCUUCAUUAAACCUUCAUCUGAACUGUGUGUGUGUUUAGCAGGUAUCAGGUUUUUAUGGUCUCACAGUGAAACCACGUUGUUCCAUCUGCUUUGUCUGUUCACGGCUGUGAAACCACCGAGCAGACGAGCGGAGCUGCUGCAGCUUUGCUUGCUCUCACUGUGGUGAACCUCUAACACACUGAGUCUGUGGCCAGCAGCAGAUUAUUCCUGUGAACAUGAGAAAGAGUCGAAUGAAAGUCCAGCGGUUGCUGUUGCUGCGUUUCACAGAUGUUUUCUCUGUUGACUUUUUUUUCUGACUUUUCUGCAAAGUUUCACAGAUCUAAAUGCUUGUGUGAGCGACGGGGCCUUGGAGGAAAGAUGUGUGAUUAAAACUCAGCUGAUCAGUUCGUUCCACAGACUCUGAAAUUCCACAUCUGUCAAUACAGUGUCAGAGUGAAAGUAUUUCUGUCUGACAAACAGAAGCUGUGGAGCUGCCACACCUACAUGUGGCUGAGGACACAACGCUGAGGUUGUGGUUAAUAAGUGACAUUCAGUUCAUCUUUGGCUGGAUUCCCCUUAAAUGAGAUGACACACACUCCUGAUGAUGGUGAUGAUGAUGAUGAUGGUGAUGAUGAUGAUGAUGGUGGUGAUGUGUUUUCUGAUCAUGAGACCCGACUGGUUAUUCUAGAUCAUCUGAUUUUCAGGAGAAAAAAAAAAAGUGCCAUUUGAAGUCAAACGGGACAAACAGGGAAAAACUCCGGCUCAGACAGAGAGUAUAUAAGACGGCUGUUCACUCCAGGUCACUGCUGCUUCCAUAGCUAAGCUCCUGAAAAGUGACACCAAAGAAGGAGGGAAGACACACAAUGACUCAGACGGAGCUGAAAUGGAAAUUUUUUGCUGUCAGUGUCCUGCUGUUCACACUGUGCCACGGCCACACAGCUGCUGUCAGCCUGAAGGAACAGCUGGCCGAUUGUCUGGAGGACAAAGACUACGAGGAGCUGCUGCAGACUGUGAAGACCGGCCUCCCGCACAUAAACACGUCCCAUCAUGUCGUGAUUGUUGGAGCUGGCAUGGCUGGACUGACGGCCGCCAAGCUGCUGCAGGACGCAGGACACAAGGUAACCAUCUUAGAGGCAAGCGAUCGUGUUGGAGGACGAGUGGAGACUCACAGGAAUGAAAAAGAGGGCUGGUAUGCUGAACUGGGGGCCAUGAGGAUCCCAAGCUCUCACCGCAUAGUUCGUUGGUUUGCUCAAAAGCUGGGGGUCAAGCUGAAUAAAUUCAUCAUGGCUGAUCCCAACACCUUUUACCUGGUGAACGGGCUGCGGGAGAGGACGUACACAGUGCAAAAAAACCCGGACGUCCUCAAGUACGAGGUGCUGGAAAGCGAGAAACACAAGUCGGCCGACGAGCUGCUACAGCUAGCUCUGCAGAAGGUGAAAGACGAAGUGGAGGCUCAUGGCUGCAGGGCCGCGCUGAUAAAAUACGACCAUUACUCUGUGAAGGAGUAUCUGAAAGAAGAAGGAGGCCUGAGUUCAGAAGCAGUGAGAAUGAUCGGAGACCUGCUGAACGAGCAGAGCCUUAUGUACACGGCGCUGAGCGAGAUGAUCUACGAUCAGAGUGACAUCAACGACAACACCACGUACGAUGAAAUAACCGGUGGGUCGGACCUUCUCCCCAAAGCUUUCCUCAGUGUACUUGAUGUCCCCAUCCACCUCAACUCCAAGGUCAAGUCCAUCACCCAGUCAGAUCAGGGUGUCAGUGUAUGGUAUCAGACGGGUCAGCAGUCCUCUCUGACGAACCUUGCAGCAGAUGUCGUCCUGGUAACAACCACAGCCAAAGCGGCCCUCUUCUUGGACUUUGAGCCACCUCUGUCCAUCAGAAAGAUGGAGGCCCUGAAGGCGGUGCACUAUGACAGCUCCACCAAGAUCAUCCUCACCUUCAAAGAAAGGUUCUGGGAGGAGGACGGCAUCCGAGGAGGAAAGAGCAUCACCGACCGGCCCACUCGUUACAUCUACUACCCCAGCCACAGUUUCCAAACAAACCAGACCAUCGGCGUCCUUCUGGCUUCCUACACCUGGUCUGACGACUCCCUUCUCUUCCAGGGAGCGAGUGAUGAAGACCUGAAAGAGCUGGCUCUGAGAGAUCUGGCACAGAUCCACGGCAAGAAGGUCUGGUCUCUCUGCACGGGGGUGGUGGUGAAGAGGUGGACCUUGGACCCUUACAGUCUUGGCGCCUUCGCUCUCUUCACACCCUACCAACAUUUAGAAUAUGCCAGGGAGCUCUUCAGAAGCGAAGGCAGGAUUCACUUUGCUGGUGAACACACAGCCUUCCCUCACGCCUGGAUCGAGACGGCUAUGAAAUCUGCAAUCAGGGCGUCUGCAAACAUUAACAAAGCAGCGCUACUGAAUUCAGAGUCAGCUAACUCUCCAGUGCGAGAUGAGCUCUAGAGUCUGAGCAACUAAAUAUCAUGGCAUUAAUAAAAUAUAUAUAUAUCACUUUUAUUGAAUAUUAAUCAACACAACCUGUCUGUGAGAUAUGACAUGCUUGUUUCAGAAUGAUUUAACAAAGAAGAAUAAAUGUUUUUAAUAAA